UUGUGCACAUCCGCAUAGCGAUAGCGCUAACCGAGUAGUACUGAUUUUAAAAUAACUCAACACAAUAUAUAUUAUGUACAGGUGUAAUGCGAUUGUCAGUUUUAUAUGUUAAUUAAUGUGUAGCGCGUGCUUAACUAUUGUGUUCCUUUCAGGUGAUCCAUGCAACAACAAUCAGUGUCAAAAUGGCGCCACAUGCUUUCCAUCUAGUACAUCCGGUUUCGGAUAUGGCUGCGCAUGCGAUGUAGGCUAUUCAGGAACGUUUUGUAGUACUAGUGACCCAUGCAGUAGCAAUCAAUGUCAAAAUGGCGCCACAUGCUUUCCAUCUAGUACAUCCAAUUUCGGAUAUGGCUGCGCAUGCGAUGUGGGGUAUUCAGGAACGUUUUGUAGUAUUAGUGAUCCAUGCAACAACAAUCAGUGUCAAAAUGGCGCCACAUGCUUUCCAUCUAGUACAUCCGGUUUCGGAUAUGGCUGCGCAUGCGAUGUAGGCUAUUCAGGAACGUUUUGUAGUACUAGUGAUCCAUGCAGUAGAAAUCAAUGUCAAAAUGGCGCCACAUGCUUUCCAUCUAGUACAUCCAGUUUCGGAUAUGGCUGCUCAUGCGAUGUAGGGUAUUCAGGAACGUUUUGUAGUAUUAGUGAUCCAUGCAACAACAAUCAGUGUCAAAAUGGCGCCACAUGCUUUCCAUCUAGUACAUCCGGUUUCGGAUAUGGCUGCGCAUGCGAUGUAGGCUAUUCAGGAACGUUUUGUAGUACUAGUGAUCCAUGCAGUAGCAAUCAAUGUCAAAAUGGCGCCACAUGCUUUCCAUCUAGUACAUCCAGUUUUGGAUAUGGCUGCUCAUGCGAUGUAGGGUAUUCAGGAACGUUUUGUAGUAUUAGUGAUCCAUGCAACAACAAUCAGUGUCAAAAUGGCGCCACAUGCUUUCCAUCUAGUACAUCCGGUUUCGGAUAUGGCUGCGCAUGCGAUGUAGGCUAUUCAGGAACGUUUUGUAGUACUAGUGAUCCAUGCAGUAGCAAUCAAUGUCAAAAUGGCGCCACAUGCUUUCCAUCUAGUACAUCCAGUUUCGGAUAUGGCUGCUCAUGCGAUGUAGGGUAUUCAGGAACGUUUUGUAGUAUUAGUGAUCCAUGCAACAACAAUCAGUGUCAAAAUGGCGCCACAUGCUUUCCAUCUAGUACAUCCGGUUUCGGAUAUGGCUGCGCAUGCGAUGUAGGCUAUUCAGGAACGUUUUGUAGUACUAGUGAUCCAUGCAACAACAAUCAGUGUCAAAAUGGCGCCACAUGCUUUCCAUCUAGUACAUCCAGUUUAGGAUAUGGCUGCACAUGCGAUGCGGGGUAUUCGGGAACGUUUUGUGGUUCUACUUCACCAUGUACGAAUAACUUUUGCCAGAAUGGUGCCACAUGUGUGCCAAAUAUCAGUACCAAUGGCUACACCUGUACUUGUCCUUUCGGUUAUAGCGGCUUCCUGUGCCAAUUAAGUACUACCGGAUGUGAUUCAUCGCCAUGUUUUAAUAAUGGAGUGUGUAGCGAUUCAGGAACCUCAACCUUCAACUGCGACUGUACUAGCACAGGAUACACUGGACAAAGAUGUGAUACUAGGGUUGAACCGUGCUCCACUUCACCUUGCGGAAACCGUGGAACCUGCACCAAUACCGGUACGCUUACUUAUACAUGUUCCUGUACAGCUGGUUAUACCGGAACUAACUGUGAAACAGUUCAAGUUUUACCCUGCACAAAUAGCCCGUGCCGAAACGGAGGAAUUUGUCGAGAUACGAGUUUUACAAGUUACCAAUGCACCUGUACGUCUGGAUAUACAGGAACCAACUGUGAAACACGUGAACUGCUGUGUACAACGAACACGAACCUGUGUUUGAAUGGUGGGACAUGUGUAGAUACCAGCUUUACAACUUAUCAAUGUAAUUGUCCAACUGGAUAUACAGGCGUGAACUGUGGCACAGCUUCUGCUUGCUUCAACAACCCAUGCGCUAAUGGCGCCCAAUGUAUUGAAACAAACCCAGGAUUUGGUUGUGUGUGUACAGCAGGAUUUAGUGGAACUCUCUGUAAUAUCCCAAUAACAACAGCAUGUACCAACAAUCCAUGUCAGAAUGGUGGAAACUGCCAGUUGACAAGUUUUGGUACUGCCCAGUGUACCUGUCCUCUCGGUUACUCUGGUACUAGAUGUGAAAUCCGUAACACGCGGUGUACAACGAACACGAACCUGUGUUUUAAUGGUGGUACAUGUGUAGAUACCAGCUCUACAACAUAUCGAUGUGAUUGUCAAGCUGGUUUUACAGGUGUAAACUGUGGCACAGCUUUAACAACAGCUUGUACCAAUAAUCCAUGUCAGAAUGGUGGAAACUGCCAGUUGACAGCUUUUGGUACUGCCCAGUGUAUCUGUUCUCUCGGUUUCUCUGGUACAAGAUGUGAAACCUUUAAUUUGCCAUGUUCAACGAACCAGUGUUUGAAUGGGGGCAUAUGUGUGAAUGUCAACACAACAACUUUUGAAUGUAAUUGUCCAACUGGUUAUUCAGGUCUCCGCUGUGGUACAGUUUCAGAUCCAUGUUUUGAUAACCAGUGUACUAACGGUGCUACCUGUGUAGUAAACAAUCCAUCAGGUAUAGGAUAUUCUUGUAGCUGUCCUCUGGGAUUUACUGGUAUAUUCUGUCAAACCACAGUUCCUUGUGAAGCAUUCCCGUGUCCAGACGAUGUUACCCUGUACAGAUUCCCAAAUUGGAAUGACAACAGUUGUAAUUCAUACUACGAAUGUGCACGUGGAAAUCUCCGUAAUAGGUCUUGCCCAAAUGGUCAACUCUUCGAUCCAUUCCUAGCUUUAUGUGUAGCAGGUAAUUCUGCAACCCAGGCUCAAAAUCUAUGCGUUGUGUAUCAAGCCAACAACUUUACGGGAUAAUCCAUAGCUCUUAGUAGUUAUAUGUUAAUUUUCUCGUAUAUAAAUAAGAACUUAUUCUUUCAAAUGUAACCAUAGAAAUAAUUUCUGCGUAUUGGAAUAAUACCAAAAACUUCCCCGAUAAACUGUUAAACUUCACAGUAAUAAUAUUAAUUUAUUUGUCUAUAUCUUGCCCUUGUUGCCAAUGGUUUUAUAAGCAUAAUAUUCAAAUAUUUUAGGAUUUCAUAAUAACAGAUAUAUUUUUGUAUGGAUUCAUUUAUCAAAGAAUAAAGACAUUUCCCAUGGAUUUACAGUUUGUUUUAUAUUGUACGACACUUUGUUAUCUUAAAAUUAUUGCCAACGCCUUUCUGUAUGGAAGACCAAACAUGUUAUUGAAGAAAUGUUUUUGGAGAAAUGUUUUGCAAGAUUUGUAUUUGUAAAUUUGUUGUUCGAGAUUUGAAAUGUAAAUGUAGAUUAUUUUUUGAUUUACUAAAAUAAAUUUAUAUUGAAAUACAAUUAAAAUACAUUUUACAAAUCUGAUAUGACAAAUGACUGAUUUGUAAAACAAAUAUUGAUUUUAAGAUACAAAUGUUAAUUUUAGUGUACACAUGUCCAAAUACGACAACAAAUGAAGAAAUAAGAAUUAAGGACUAUGAAUUAAGAAAUACGGACUAAGAACAUGGAAUAAAGAGCUGUUUGGUCUUCCAUAUUUCUGUGUUAAUCUGACCAUAGUACGUCAAAUUUAAUUUUGUCAAAUGAUCUCACGUGUAUUGGAAUAUGUGACAAUCUGACCGUUUUACGUCGAGCGUAAUAUUGUCAAAUCUCACGUCACGUGUAUUGGAAAGUGUGACAAACUGACCAUUGUACGUUUUAUGUAAAAAUGUCAAAUCUCACGUGUAUUGGACUAUGUGACAAUCUGACCGUUGUACGUCGAGCGUAAUAUUGUCAACUUCCUUCUGUAUUGGAAAAUGUGACAAUCUGAUUAUUGAAUGUUGUAUAUAAUCACGCGAAGACCGCCGUGUAUCGGAAUAUGUGACGAUAUAUUUUGUUUUAUUAUCUGUAAUAUUGUCAAUCGUGACUAUGGUAGGUUGUAUAUGUUAGAGUGCUGUAGAACGUGAGUACAAUACUAUGUUCAUUUCUCUUAAUCCCACAUUAUAUUUUUCAUUUUAUUUUAUUACAACAUAUAUACUUUUUUUCUAAAAUACUAAUUAUGAAUGAGAAAUCCUAGUUUUCAUUGAUUCCUCUGACAAAAGCUCGUUUAUUUGUGCAUACCAAAGACGUAAUGUGAACACAUUUUCAGUUCAAAAUAUUGUGAGCGCUCGCCUCCUAAUUUCCAAUGGAUGACUAGUCGCCACCAUUCAGUUAAAUAUAGCUCCGUACGUUUAAAAACGGUGUUCUGGGUGUUCGAGACUAUUGGCCGACCUGAGAAACGUGACUAUUCGAUGCCUUUACAAUAACCAGAUGUAAUGCCGGGAGUUGUUAACUGCGCACACGUCGACGUUAUGGACAAGUUUAUCUCAAAACGAGGUGAUUGGUGGUCACGAAGCUCGUUUGAAGGCCUAUCUAUUUGAAAACGUUUUACAGGGUUCUGAGAGAAACCGAGCUCCACUCACAAUUAAAACCUCUUUUAAACAACAAAUUAUCAUCAGGGAUAUUUAGAACUAUUCGAUUUUAUUUUAUUUUAAAGAGUUAUGAAUAAAAUCUUACUG